AUGUUUAGGCGCCCGAAACAGACCGAGCCCGACAGGCUCUCAAUGAAACUUCGCGAGACACUUCAACCUCUUACGGUGAUUCCUUGGGGAGCGCUUGCAAUGUGGUAUCUGGGUGUCGCCAUCGGCGUUGGGGCCCCCAUGAUUGUGGUGCAAGACGACGACUACAGAGCCGCCAUUGAAAGGCUUGAGAGGGCAGGAUUCAACCGAACUGUUCCAAAUCGCGCCCCUCCUCCCGAAAUCAUGGAGGACCAUCCAAACCCUCAGCAGAUGUUGGAGGAAAUAAAUGCUGGUUAUACAGGCUUGGAUCGGUCUUGUGCAGUAUUUGAUUAUCCACAUGGUGAUCCAGGAAAAGACAUGCAGCUGUACUUGUUUCCGAACUCCUUCGCGCACCUUUUUCAAGAAGACAUUCCUCACCCUUCGACGGAAAUGGAAACCUACGGCAAUUUGCAUUACCCACUAGAACAGGCGCUAGUGGAAAGCUUUGUUAAGGCUGCGAUCGAUGAAGAAACAGAGACGGGCUUUUCUGCGUGGGGCGAAACACUGAGAACAUGGGUAUCUCAUAUGACAGGAUACCUAGAGGUCGAUAAUGAUAUCCUUGACCAUUGUCCGAAUAAAAAGGCAGUGGAAUGGUAUAGUGAAAGGUUUGGUCGAAUCCGUGAGGCCAAUUUCGGUCCCAUUGAUCGACGCAUUUCGAAACGUCUCGGCUCGGGAAAAGAGAUGCCAGUAGAUAUGAGGGGGAAUCCUAUUUGA